CUUUUACUUAAGAUAUUUAUAAAAUUAAUUUAAGAGGCCUUUCAUGUUUUUUAUUGUCCGUAUCUAUAUUAAAGAUUACGUGAAGUGGUGGCACGCGCUACAAUGGUGAAAGAUAAGUUACUUGGUGCGCAUCGAGCCAUGAACCGAAAGUCUGGUGUUUGCAUGCGAAAUCCACCUCGCAUCCCAGUCUGUAUUUGUCUAUCAUAGCUCUAAGAAGCCUCUAUUAGUGCAUUACAUUAUAGAUUUAUUCACCCCCAUAGUUGGUAGUUCUUCGCAUUAAUCUUUGUGAAGUGGCUAUUGCGAAUUGAAAAAAUUUGGUCGGUUGUAUGAACGAAAGUAAAAGCUAUUACAACAUUUCACACAAAAUUAACUUGAAGAAACAAAGGAUGAUACCAUGACAAUCCAGGCAGUUAAGGUAUGGAUUCCAAAACGCAAAGAGUUCUACUGUGUCUCACCUUCCUUAUACCGUCAUUAAAAUCAAAUGAGGGAAUAUGUCCGAUCCCAGAAAAUAUACUGCCAUGUAUAUGUUCAACCAGGAACGAAGAUCCACAAAUAUGGUGUACACACAGCGACUUGAUGCAAGUGACAAAAGGCAUACAGAAAGUGGGACGAUUCGUUCAAAAACCAAUAGAUGAACUUAUUGUAGAAAAUAAUUAUUUACCGUCUUUACCGGGAAAGCUGUUUCAAGGGGUUAAUGUUGCAAGAUUGAUGCUAAGACAUAACGGGUUGGAAAGUGUAUCCGCAGCGUGGCUUGAAACCCAAGAACAAAAUUUGGUCGAAAUAUUUAUAGUUGAAAAUGAUCUAAAAAGCUUGCCAGCAGAAAGUUUUUCAACAUUGCACAAUUUACAAGCUUUAACUAUACAGUCCCAGAGCUUAAAGCGCAUUCCAUCAUUAAUUAAUCUAACAAGACUACGGUACGUUAGCAUUCAAUCUGAAAGUUUAACGAGCAUAAGUGAACAUACGUUUGAAAAUUUGCCUAGCUUAGAUAAGAUUUUUAUUGAAGGGAGUCCUAAGCUUCACAGUCUUGAAGAAAAUGCAUUUUACGAUUUGCCUAAACUUACGAAACUGCAAAUUACAAACUGUGGCAUUAUGAAUAUACAUAUGAGAGCAUUGUCUUUAUUACCAAUGCUAAAUGAAUUAUCUUUAAGCAAUAAUUUUAUUUCGGAUGCUACAAUGAUAGGUAGAGCAAUUAGAGAUUUGCCUAUGCUCUCAAAUUUAAAUCUCAAUCAUAACUACAUAUCGAAAUUAAAUGAAGGUGCAUUUGUUGAUCAACCUAUGUUAGAAGUGCUGUUACUAUCACACAAUAGUAUAAAUAUUAUUCACCACGGAGCUUUCCAUCUUGUUCCAAAGUUAAGAGUCGUUGAUUUAAAUUACAAUGAAAUUGUCAGAAUACAUCCCGAAUCUUUCUUACAACCUUCGGGUAGCGGUGUUGAAGAAUUGUCACUUAUUGGAAAUAAAAUAAUGCACAUUUCGGAAUUUCGGUCUCUACUCGACGCCUUGCCACGCCUAAAGUUUUUAGAUAUGAGCGAAAACUUUCUGCAAAAUAUUCCUCGAGGAGCGCUGAGAGGACAUCCAAGUUUAGAACGACUUCAUUUAAAUAAAAAUAACAUAAAAUUUAUAGAGUCUGAAGCAAUCGUCGCUAUGCCAGCUUUAAGAGAACUUCAAUUAAGUAACAAUUCAUUGAGCGAUAUGAAUGAAGGGCCGUAUUGGAAUCUGCCUGCUUUAAAAGGUUUAGAUAUAUCUGAGAAUUUUUUUCGAAGAUUACAACCCAAACUAUUAUAUAAUCUACCGGCUCUACGACGAAUAAACAUAAGUGGGAAUCAGAUAUCGAUCAUUGAUCCACUAACAUUUAUGGAUUCUCCUUUUUUAGAAUACAUUAACAUUUCGAAUAAUGCUUUAAUAUCAAUACAUCCAGCAACGUUUAGGAAUCUGGCAAACUUAUAUGAAAUUGACGCGAGUUCUAACAGGCUUGUGGAGUUUUUGCCUGGACUUCCACGAGGAUUGGAGCAAUUGUAUUUGCAAAAGAAUCAGAUAACAUCAUUACCAACUCUUCCCUCUCCUGACUUAGAGUUGCCUUCUUUAAGAACAUUAGAUUUAUCUAAUAAUGGAAUACAGAAAAUACCACACGGAGGGUUAAAUAUAUUACACAAUUUGCGAAGAUUUUAUAUGAAACGAAAUGGCCUGAAACAAAUUGAGGCUAUGACGUUUAGUGAUUUACAACACUUAGAAAUUUUAGACCUUAGUGAAAACCAGAUAAUUUCUAUACAUCCUAAAAGUUUUGACAAACUUUCACAACUGAAACGAGUAAAUAUUAAAGGAAACCAUAUAGAAAAUAUAGAUUUUUUUGCAAUAAAAGAUAAUAUUGUAUUAACAGCUAUUGAUUUAAGUAAAAACAGACUUAAAACCAUAUCAACUGAUAGGAUAAAUCAACCUAUAAAUAUAGAAUUACUAAACAUAUCUUUUAAUAAGCUAUAUGAACUGCCGAAAAGUUUAAACAUGUUCUCAAAUUUGAAAGUGUUAGAUGUUAGUAACAACAAUUUAAAGCAUUUCGAUGGUAACUCUAUAAAUAGCAUUCAAACACUAAAGGAAAUAAAAGUACCCAGUAAUAAAAUAACAGAGUUACGAUCAGGCACUUUAGGAAAUCUACAGGACUUACAGACUAUUGAUUUUGACAAUAAUCAGGUUGAGACCAUUCAUCCCUUAGCUAUAGCAAAUUUAGCGAACCUGACCUCUGUUUUCUUAAGUAGAAAUCAUAUUGUUGAUUUACCUGAUCGAGCAUUCUCAAAUCUUCCAAGAUUGCGUAUAAUUGAACUACAAGGAAACAGACUACAAUUUGUAUCUAAACGCGCCUUUGAUAACAUGCCUUUAGUGCAGUACCUUAACAUGAGCAACAAUCAGAUGACUAAUUUGGAAAAUUCUGGGAUCAGACAAUUAACUUCACUUGAAGUUUUAGACCUUAGUUUUAAUAAAGUGACCAUGAUUACAAGAGAAUCUUUUCAAUACAUGGAAUGGCUUGUUGAGCUAAAUCUUGAUAAUAACCAUGUAUGCUCUAUAAAUGGCAAUCCAUUUGAUUUUAUGCCUAGAUUGAAAGUAUUAUCUUUACGCCAUAACAGAUUAACUACGAUAACUGAAAACAAUUUCAUGAAAUUAAGACAUAAUAUAGCUAUUUUUGAUAUAGAUGGGAACCCUAUAAUAUGCAACUGCGGCAUUAUUUGGCUUAAGUCUUGGCUAGCUGAAUCAACUUCAAUGGGUCCUAAAUGUACGGAUGGUACCCAUGUAAAACAUAUAUCUUUUGGCAGAGAUGAUUGCAAAAAUCAACCAAUACGAAAUGAGGAUCGAAGUUGUUUUACUCAUGACAAUCAAGCUCUUCUGCCUAGCAUUGGCACUUCAGUACUCUCUUCCGUAAACAAAAUAACAGAUUAUUCUAUAGACUUAAAAAACAACUAUCAAGGAAAUAAGAUAAACAGACCUUCUCCAGAAGAAUCAGAUUACUUUUAUGAUGAUUAUGUAGACUAUCCAUACAAUGAGACGCUAAUGGCUAUUAAUAACGAUCAAACAAAUUAUACAAACAAAAAGGUAGGUAAUACUCCAACCCUUUAUGCUUCUAUGAAAAAUGUUACUGAUAAAAGAACAUCUGUUAUUACUUCUUCUACUGCAUCUCCUCCCAAGACUGGUUUUACAUUUUUUGGUCUUCCAUUACCUUCACUUGACAUGGGAAAGUUGUUGACCACGGGCCGUAAAAUAGAAUGGUCUGAGAAUAAAAACACACCAAAUUUGAAAAAGUACCCUGUAACAGAUCUGCCUAAAUUUGAAACUGGUGGAUUCACCCCUAUGCUUCCCUCUACAUCAAGUGGUUUCUCUCCAAUAGUAAGUCCAAUACCCAGUCCAACUGUAAACAAAACACAUACUGUAAUAAGUGAUGGUGGAAAAAUUAGAUAUGGUAACAUGGGCAUAAUUAAUAAUACCUUUUUAGCACAUGACAUUGUGCCGCCAAAGGCUGUUGUAAACAAUAUAACUACUCAUAGAAAUAUGAAAAGCGAAGUUCAUGAAGUAAAAUCAUACUUUGGUAAAGAUAAUAGUACUCAAAUUGCUUACAAUAAGAAAAAAAAUGUGGAAGAACAAAAGAGUGAUCCAACAAACUUAAGUAAAUAUAACAUGAUUGAAUCAAACUACACAAUCACACAUGUUACUGAAAAAAAGGGAAUUAUAACUACAGAUAGUAAUGAUAUGUUACAAACAUGGCUAGAUACAACUAGCAAACCUACACCAACCAGUUGGCCAAUAACUACAAGACCUACCAAAAAGCAUAAAAUUGAUAGCCAACCUACAGCUUUAUCAGCUGUUCUUGCAACAAAGAAUGACGAUUUCAUAUGGAAUGGUACCAGAGCUGCAACAAUUACAAAAGUCAAUUUGCCACAUGCUGAGCACUAUGAUUCACAUAAUAAUUAUGCUCCAGUUACAAACAGAGAAGCAAAGACAAGAUUUAGUGACUUACAAGUAACAAGUACUAAGAGUACAGAUACUAAAGACUGGUAUUAUAAGAAUUAUAAUAAAUCUCAUUUAGAUCCUUAUAUUGCACCUGGCAUACAUCAAUCAACUUCUGCAUCAAAUUUUUUACAGAAAACAUUAUUUUUAGAUGUUAGUGUAAUACUGUAUACCCUGUAUAAAAUAUUACAUUUUUAAAUUAAACUUGAAAUAAACUAUGUAAUUAUAUAUAGGUAUAUUGAAUAACCUUUGUAAAAAUUAAAUAAUCAGUCAUGUAUUCCCAUAAACUUACCCUAAGGCAGAACUAGCCACAAAUAGCUAUAGAUUGUCAAAUAACAAAUGGAAUAUACUCUUUUACUUACUAAAAUAAUGGCGAUUAUGAUAAGAAUAAAGUUGUAAAAUAUU